CGUGACACGUUUUGCACCGCUAAAAAAAAAACGCAACGAAGAUAGACGUCGGGUUAUAAUAAGGAUGGGUCGCGAGUGCUCAUCCAUAGAAGAGUCUUUAAUGAACUCGGAAGACACUCCUCCUGCUCCCGGUGCUGCGCCGUAGCUCCCGCACCGAGUGGAUGCGCGGGAGAGGAGAAACAUCCCGCACGCAUCUUCUUCAUCAGCUCUGAGACACAGACGACCGCGCCGCGCACGGAGAUGUGCACCGAUAGCAGCAGAAGCCCGUCUUAAAGUCGCUGUUUCCGCUCCCCGUUUCCCGCCCGCACGCCCCCGAGGCGGACAGACACCGUCCGGUCCUGUGGGAGACCGCGCGGGGAUGCGCACGGAGUGAGAGGAGAGGAGAGGGGGGGGGGGGGGGGGGGACAAAAAAGAAGGCGAGCGGCAUUGUGACCGAUCUCGCAGAAGAUCUGGCGCGGCGAGGCAAGUCUGAUCCGGCCGGUGCAUCGACGCGACGGAAUCAAAGUUGGAGGAGACGUACGUGGUUUGGUUUUAUUCACCGGGGCGGCACAGAGGCGAGGCGUUCACACCGGCGCGCCGACCUUUGACUCGCACCGCCCGCGCCCUCUGCUAAAAAAAGGAACGAGGUGAGGAGAAAGAGGCGGAGGCGCUGUCCGCGGUGCUGAAACUAGCUGAUCAACUAGUGCGGGAGAGGAAGACGCUCCCACUCCGCUCACCUGCUUCACGCAGCUUUCUGCGUUUUAUCCGGCGGCUUCGGCGAGGGCUCAUUACAUUAGCAGCUGACGGUGCCGCAGCAUGCCGGGGAUGAAGUGGAAGAUGGUGGUGGACUCCCUGCGUGGACGGAGGAGGAGGCUGCCCUGCUCCCUCUGGUUCCUCCUGCUGUUCGCUGCUGGAGGUCUGGUUCUCUUCAUCCACCAGCAGGACCUGUCAGAGAUGGUCCUGCAGCAAGGCCCAGGCAUGAAGCUCAGAAGCAGUCCACGGCAGUCCAGAGAGACUCUUUCUACGCAGGAGAGAGAGAGGGGCAGGUUGGACGGUUAUCAGGGCCAAACCGAGGGCGUCUUGUCCAGUCUGAUCCCUCCGAUGCAGUUCCCGCACUUUGAGGCGAGCAAACGGAUGGCGACCCCUGGGUCCCGGGAACAGAGCAGGCGAACGUCCUCCCCCGUCUCCAGGGAGCAGGACAUGACCGUUGUCCAGGUCUCCAAAAGACAACGCAAACUGCUCAAAACAAGUCCUCGGAUCCACCACGCGACCAACGGAAAUUCCUCUUUGUCUUCAUCCACCAACUCCUCCUCGACUUCCUUCAGUCUGGCCUCUGGCUUCUUCACCCCCGACAAGUGGAAAAAGCUUGCUGAAGUCCAGAUAGCACGGCGGCAACUGAUGAAGGAGAUGUGCGCCAAGUACAAAAGCAGCAUCUCCAGGACCAUCACGGCUCAUCACGUAAGAAACCUCUUCGUGGAGGACAAGUACAAGCUGCUGUACUGCCAGGUGCCCAAGGCGGGUUGCUCCAACUGGAAGAGGACCCUGAUAGUGCUGGCAGGCCUGGCCCCCAACGCUCAGAGCAUUAAACACGACACGGCCCACGGGGGGCGCUACCUCAGGGAGCUAAACACCUUCGACCGGAAGGGGAUCAUGCACCGCCUGGAGACCUACACCAAAUUCAUGUUUGUCCGCGAGCCCUUGGAGAGAAUGGUGUCGGCCUACAGGGACAAGUUGGAGAAUCCCAACGACUACUACCACAACCUGUUCGGGAAGCCCAUCAUCUCCAAGUACAGAGCCAACCCGUCCCCGGAGGCCCUCAAUACAGGCAACGGCGUCACGUUCAAGGAGUUUGUCCAGUACCUGCUGGACGUCCACCGGCCCGUGGGAAUGGACAUCCACUGGGACCAGACCAACCAGCUGUGCAAUCCCUGUCUCAUAGACUACAAUUUCAUCGGAAAGUUUGAGAACAUGGCGGAGGAGUCCAACUUCCUACUGCGGUUGGCCGGAGCGCCGCCCAACGUCACGCUGCCUAGUUUUAAGGACAGGAACCCGGCAGACAAGAGGACCUCCACGGACAUCACACAAAAGUACUUUUCGCAGGUGAGCGCGCUGGAGAGACAGCGGAUGUAUGAUUUCUACUACACGGACUACCUGAUGUUCAACUACACCAAGCCUUUCAAGGAUUUAUACUAAACAACUCCGAUCAACUUGAACCCCCAAGUCACAUUCCACGCCACCACCAUGACAGUCAUUUUGACAGAAAGAGGCUAUAGUCCCAUGCUCACACGGAUAGUUGGCUCUAAGCACGGAGGAAAACAUCCUUCUAGAGUCCACGAAAGCUGCUUUUAUAUGCAUACGUUUCUACCAGAAUAUCUUAUCAUUUUCAAACUGUGUGAUGAACAUGUAUUAACCGUUUUAAAUUGUCCUUAAAUUAAUGCUAUUUAGUCACUACAAGCACAUGUUGAGUAAAAUUAUAAAUGUUAUGCUUCUAAAAAAUAGAAAAAAAUGUUUUGUUGUUCAACAGGCUUUAGAUUAGGCCUUACUGUGAGUCAACUAGCAUUUGCAAUUUUUGUUUAAUGGAUCUAUUCAACACAAGGUGCAAUUUAAUAUAUGUUAUAUAUAUAUAUUAUAUUUGUAUUCCUAAAGUCGCAAUUGAUUUAGGAGCAACCAUGACUUGCCCUCUGGAAUGUUGGUAAGCAAAAAAUCGUGAAUAUAGCUGCUUUGGUUCAGACAAAGACUCAGACUAACAUGUGAGUAACGAUCACCGCGGUGGGCUGCAAUGACUUCAUUUCAAAAGGUAUCAAUUAAAACAUAUGUGUGACUUGUUUGAAAUAUUUGCAUCAGCCAUUUGACUCACAGCCAGUACUGGCAUACCUCUACGUAUUAACGCACACUAAUACAGACAUUCAAUGUAAAUGGUUUUAUUGAACACAAACCGUAACACCAUGUAAACACUAUAAAUAGCACACAACUUUCAAAUGUGUCAAGCGCUGCCCUUCAGAAGCCUUGUGCAUCUAUUGUAGCAGACUUUUGUACUUUUGUCGGAUAGCUUCGUGAUUUGGUCUGAGACACAGGCCGUAGAUAUACACAUAAAGGCUAGAUGUCUUACGCCAGAGUACAGAAAGUCUGCAUGUGGCGGCCAUCUUGGUACGGUCAGCUCGCUCAACCAUAAGAUUGUGUUGUUAGUGGUACAUGUAUUUAAAAUAAUAAUAACUUGCAAAAUUUUCAACCGAUUUUUAAACGGUUUGGUUAUAAACGUCAGAGAUGUAGUUAUGACACUGUAUACUUAUUGAUAAUAUUCUGUUUAAUAUUAUUUUCGUAUGAAAACCCUAUUCCUAAGUAUGCAGUGUCAUAAAUACAUCUCUGUACAGGGUGGGGAUUUCAACUUGCCGCAUUGUAUAUUUGUAAAGAGAAAUAUUGUUCCUAUUUUAGAACAUAACAUAAUUAUUCAUUGUAUGUAUGCAGUGUCAUAACUACAACUCUGAUCUCUUGUUUUAUAACAAACCAAACCGUUGAAAUUUGAGCAAGUUAUGGUUAUUUAUAAAGUACCACUAUGUUACACACACAAUGUUAUGGUUGAGCGAGCGGAUGUUCAACUGCGUUGGCCGGCAACCCCGACGAGACACCUAGCCUUAUAUAUGUAUAUACAUACACACACACACACACACACACACACACACACCUAUGGUAGAACCCCCCCAUCACUGAGGAGAUACUUCACCCACUUGGCUGUUGAAUGCACCACAUCCAGGUACAGCACCUUUUAAUGCCCAUUGGUGUCACAGCCGCACACACGAGUCAGCUUUCUAGGCUCAAAAGCUGCAGAAAUUAGGCCAAGGACAAAAAUUGAUGUUCGGAUUUUGUUUUUUGUGUACAAAUGUAUGAGUUGGACCUUUUUAUUUUGUUUAAGAAAAGAGAGCGUCCAAAAGGUAUCCACCUAUCCCACUCGGCCUGUAUACGGAACUGCACAUUCUGUACGCAUCACAUCUAUUCUACACCACCAUAUAGGCCAUUUCCCCUGACUCUACUGUGUACAAUUGUAUAAUGGCCAUUCAGAUGACUAUAUUUUUCUAUGUAUUUCUAAAAUAUAUAUAUAUAUAUAUCCAGUGCUUAUGGUGAAGGUAUGUUCUUUUCCUUUAUGAUGUCAUUUGUUGUUCCUUUAGAAAUAACAGUGUGGAGUUGUCACGUAACAAAAGAUUUCUCUCCAAAAUAUAAUAAAUAUCCACCAACUGAAAUGUACAAGACUAACUUUCAAGAAACUAAACAACUACAAACAUUUGUGCUGCCAGGAGAUAUCUCGGUCUGCUGAAUCCAUUCCACUCUGUGCUUCGGAGGAGGUUUUUGUGAUUUUUCGGAAAAUGGAUAUUCAUUUUUGGAAACGAUUUUGUUAACGACAUUACACCCAAACUGUUUGGUCCUAACAUGAGAAUAGACCACGAUGUACAGAUGAGCUGCAUUCCACCGUGUUACCCAUCCCGGCUGAAGACAUUCUUACCCUUAGCAACCCCACUGUGUGUGUGUGUGAGAGAGAGAAAGAGAUUUUUCUCUUGCUACUUUCUGAAACAUCUAAAGACACUUGUAAUAGAAACAUAGAAAAAGGUACAGUUGUCUCCGUGUAACAUUAACAGAACGCUUUAUUUCCAACACACCAGCCGGGCCGGCACACAAGUCACAUGGAAAUGUUCACGAGUGGAAACUAUCCAAAAGGAGAAAAAGAAAGAAGACUCCCAUGAGGCUCAGUUACAACCUUUUCAAGAUGAAAUACAAAUAAUUAUAUAUGUUGGUAUAAAACCGACAUUUAUCUGAUGAUUAUAUACUGUAAAUCCCAACAUUCUAUUGAGUGAAGUGUAACCUCACGUAGGUUUUCUCCAUGUUGAAGUUGAGUUGAAAUCUUCGUGGUUGGCUCCUGUACAGUGAGUGUGAUGUAGUGUGACCACAUUUGAUGACUAGAACACCAAAAUGAUGAAUGUAAAGUACAUUGACGCAGAAAUAGCUAGAAUAAACAGAAUACAGAGUAAAAGUAACGGUUGUUGGCCAUGACCAAAGUGGCUAGCAGAAUUCAUUUUAUCAUGAGUGCAGGUUGCAGAGAGGAAGCGAUCUAUGGCUACUGGUCUCCUCUACAGCAGCAGUCACUACUCAGCUACACGCUUUGCAGCUCCCUGGGAACGUUAUUGUGACAAAAAAGCUUUAACAGUGAUAAGUGAGGGGUAUUUGUAUCAUCUAGCCCCACACAUGCACGCUAUAAUCAGCUUUUAAAGAGCGUUAACACUUUUGGUGGUAGUGCCCUUUGCGCGGUGAUGGUGAUCGUAUGAACUGUUGUCAGUAUACUGUGUUGGCUUUUGCAAUUCCAAAAUCUAAUCUCGCGGUCAGAUUGUCCGUAAAGACGACACCUGGCCAAAGGCUACCGCAAUAUGAUGAGUAUUACUGCCCCCUCACACCCUACCCCCUCCUGACCCCAGCUAAUAAUACAGUUUUCUUGGUACGUGGGUGUUCGGACAGAUUUUUCAAAAGCGUAAGUACAGUAACAAGUGAAUGUAUAACUGUUUAUUGUUGGUGCAAAAGUGUAUAAAAUAUGAUCUUAAGCCCUUUGCCUUAUUUUACACUGCCAAUCAAAUGGUGUAUUUCAGGAAGACAUUCUUCAGGAAGUUAUUGUUUCUGACUGAUGAGCGUCUACUAAUAAAUUGUCUUUAGCAUUUUAAA